UGCCAGAAUCACUCGUGCCAUACUCUGUCGAAGGUUUUCUUAAAGUCAAUAAAAUAACUGUACAGAUCUUUAUCAUGUUGAUGGGAUUUUAUGAUAAGGAUUCAGUUGUUAAAGAUUUGUUUAACUGUGCUCCUCUUAGUAACCUGUUCCCCACGAGCAGUCUUUUCGCCAUCUGAGAGACGAUUGUAUAUCAUCUUCAACAUAAGCUAAGACACGACAGACCGGGACAGUCUACUGAGUAAAUUUAUGUUGAAGGUGAUACCGGCACUUCACAAUAAAGCUGUAUACUUGGGAAAUGUUUGUAAUAAACUUGAUUAGAAUGCAUGAGCUUUGUGCAGAUAACUACGAUGCUAGAGGCGAGCUGGUAUCACGAGACCACCUUUGUGGGGCCAGGAGACGGAACCCCAGUCACUCUGCCCUCUAGCGGCGGAUCUCUGUCCUACGUCCCAGAAGGUUGCAUUGUGCUCCGGUCAGAUAGCUACAAACCUUGGGAAAACCCAUACGACCUCGUCAGCCAUAAGGCUGAAGUCUUGUUUCGAAUCAUCCUCAACGCCACGGUCCCACCCCUUCUGUUCCUCUUCGGAUUCCCAGCCAACAUCCUCAACGCCGCUGUCUUCUACAGACAGGGACUAGGGGAGAGGAUCAACAUGUGUUUGUUUGUGUUGUCUUUGACAGACCUCGUGGGCCUCACAGGGCAGUUCUUACGAAAUUUCGAGCACAUGUACAGAGCUUUAUUUAAGGUUCGAGGUGUCUUCGAGGAAAACAUUGUAGCCUUCAUCGGAUUCUGCAAAGUGUCUCAGUUUAUCACGUGUGUCAUCGCGUGCGAGCGGUGCUUGUGUGUGUUCCUCCCUUUCAAGGCUCAGAAAUACCUCAAGACUUCCAGCAUGGCGGCCGUUAUCGGGGUGGUGGGCGUGUUUCUUGUAGGUGGCAUGGCCCUCAUCGCCGGUCACAAGCACACCUUUACCUGUGUCUUUGAUCCUCUCACUAACGAGACGGACUUGGCCAACAGCUACACCAGCUUUUACUUGGAUCACAAAUAUGUGUUCGAUAUUAUCGACAUAUUUGUCUACACUGUUGUCUUCACAAUUGUCCUUCAGUUUUUUGUCAUCAUCACCUCCAUCCUCACAGUCAUCAAGCUGUACCAAGCCUCUACGUGGCGCCACCUACAUGGAGCGGUGGGAAGUUCCGACAAAGAACAACAGUCAAAAGAUUCCUCGAAGCUUUCGAAGAAAGAAAUGGCGACCACCAAAAUGUUGCUGGCUUCAUCUCUCUUGUUCAUCGUCUGCUUCUCGCCCGAAGUCAUGCUGCAGUUGUCGCUGUACUUGGUGAAGGAACUGACCUACUCAGGCCGCUACUACAACCUUCUGUCCGUACUGUGGAGAAUCGUUGCCGUGUUAAGAAUGGUGACCGCGACCUUGAACUUUGUCGUCUAUUAUCACAUGGGGUCACGGUUUCGCACUACGUUAAAGGAUAUUCUGUCAUGCGUGAAGCAGUAAGUGCCCCAAGCACACACAAUCAUUAAUCCAGGGUGAAAGUCAGUGGUAUAAAUGUGCCGCCGUUCCUUAUCCUAACCAAUGUCCAAAGUCAGACGCUUUCUCAAGGUCGGCUACUGUAAGAGAAAAUAACAGAUAGUUUUACAUUUAUUUUGAAUAAAAAUAGAGAAAUACAUUUAUUUCUACGUAUUCUAUUGAUGUUCUUGAUUUACUUUACUUUCAGAAAUAGCAGUUAAGUACCGAUAUACUGAGACUUCCUUCUUCUUCGCUGAGA